UGGUCUGCACGCAAAAUACCAAAUGCCAAACAUAAUACAAAAUGCCACUAGAUCUAGAACUAUUUUAGAAAUUUGAAGUCAGUCUGCUGUUUACAGGAACGUUUUCUGGGUUGUUUUUUUCUGACACAGCUGUGCUUUGGUGUAAAAUACAAGGAAAUGGACAAAGAAUAUUGUGAAAAAUUGAAAGACCUGUUUCUACUAAUGGAUAUUAGAAACAAACCAACUCUCUCUGCUGAAGAAGAACAGAGAAAGAAAGAACUUGAGGAUUUAUUUAAUUACUAUUCUUUUUGCUCUAGACAGUUAUCAGAUUACUAUCAUCUACAGAAACCUAGCCAGAUCAAAUUCAACUUUAGUAACAUUGUGCCCAGAUUUAUGCAGCUUUUAAGAGAAAGUGUGCUGACACAUCAGUGGCAUCAUGCUCUAAGAAUUGUUCUGGCACUCACCAGAGAAGCGAAGGGAACAGAGAAUACUGAAAGCACACUAUGGAAGAUUGGACUUUCCUGUUUAUAUCAACAUGGUGAAAAGAGUAGUCGGUUAGUGGAACAGUUUGUUAAACAGGUGGUGUUGUUAAAGAAACUUGCUGUGGUUGAAGUUAUGCUGGAUUAUCUUUUGUAUCUGCUCAUGCAGUCCAACUAUGAAGAUGCCAAAAAUCUUAUUUUGGAUUUAAAGCAGAGUACAAUGUUUCCUAGCCAGUUAACAAAUGACCGUAGAUGUAUGGCACAUACACUUUUCUUCGCAUACGAAGGUAUUGUUUUGUAUGCUGAAUGGAAGCUGGCAACUUACAAACUGGAUGAAGAAGAUAACGAUUCAGACAUAUUUUACCAAAAGAUGUCACAAGGAGCAUCUGUUAAAAUAGCUGAAACCCUUGCUGAAAGUGCCACAGAGCUUUUGAUCAAAAUAAAAGACAAGCCAGGUGUUUGGGAUAUAUGUAUCACAAAACUAGUUGAGAUAUAUGAAUAUUAUGGGAAUAUUGAAGAAGCUCGCACAUUAUUACACUCCUAUCGAGAUAGGAAUGUAACCAAUCCAAACGCACAUCGAUAUUUAUAUCAGUUUGAAAACAAAUUGGGGGAAAAUGAAGAGAUACAGCUUGCUUGCUUGAAGAAAAUUGUGCAACUGGAUCCAUGCAAUCCUAUGUGUCUAGAACUGUAUACAUUGACUAAAAAUGAUCCAGAGUCUGUUGUUUAUUUGUUUGAUUACUUGGACUAUGAUCACUGUUGUGAAAAUGAAACGGUAUGGGAGUUGCUAUCACUUAGACUUCAAGAGAUGAACCACAGUCAGUUGAAUGUGGUCAGGGAUUGUUGGUCAACUCGCAGUGAUUGGUGGCCAGUUGUAAGAUUGAGCAAAAGAAAGAAAACUCAGUCAUUUUCUCACAGCUUGAAGCGGCAUAAAAAAAUUGUAUUCAAAAUAUUAUCAAAUUUGGAUUGUGAUCUUGACAACUCAGCUAGGGACCCAGAUUUGGAAGAAGAGACACUAAACUACAGAUCAAGCAUUGAACAUAAAAAAAGAAAAUUCUCUCACAUUGAUGCCCAUUUUGACGGUUUCUCCCCAUCAAAAAGAGCAAAGACUUGAGGUCUGAAAUCCCUCAAUAUUAUUGACUGGUACCACACAGAGGUACAUCAGAAAUGGAUAGUUGCCAAUCUAUUUGCCUCAUCCUGCAGGUUACAUGUACAAAUUGAAAGUUGAUUGCCUUCAACAAAACAUGCUCCGCCAUUCAAAUGAACAAAACAAGAACAGUUAUUGAAGGCUUUUAUUAAAAAUGCCAACUUGUAUGUGGGUUUUAUAAUUAGCUGUAAAUCAUCGUCCUGAUGCCAUGAUUGCAGCGACACCUGGGGUGGAAAAGAAUUAAAUUUAGUUUUGAAUCAUUUUUAAAAUUUUCAAAUCUAUUAACAAGAAAAGAAAUAAAGCUUACUGUCAAAAGAUAUUUUCUCUGUGAUAUUC